AGUCAUGUCAGACCACGAAGAAAUUAAAAAAAAAAGUAUUCCGUGGAUUGAUCAGAUUCAAUCGUUCAGUGAAUUAUAUCAUCGUGGAGAAGAAAACAAAGUAGAAUUGAGCCCAGGAAUAAAACUGGGAUGGAUCAAAGGCGUGACAAUUCCAUGUCUUCUAAGUACCUGGAGCGUGAUGAUGUUCUAUAACAUGCCGUUUAUUUUAGGGCAAGCUGGAAUAUUGAUCUCAAUCAUUAUUAUUUUUCUUUCAAUGCUUAUUAUUCUAUUCACCAAUUUUUCAUUGUCUGCGAUCAGCACAAAUGGAAAAAUAGAAGGAGGAGGUCUAUAUUCCAUUGUUUCCCAAUCAGUUGGUCCGGAACUAGGAGCGGCAAUUGGUAUACUAUUAUCAAUUGCUAACACUGUUUCUGCGAUUUUCAAUUCAUGGCUUCUUGUAUCUGUUUUAAUUUACAAUUUUAAUGCAAUUGAUGACACAAUAUCUACGAUACUAAUAGAUUACAUCACAUUAUUCCGAAUAGUAUUAAUAAUAUUUAUGAGUAUACUUUGUUAUAUAGCCAUGGAUAAUGAAACUAGAAUACAAUAUGCUCUGCUGAUAACGAUUAUUUUUGGUAUUUUUAACAUACUUAUUGGCUCAUGCAUUGGCCCAAAAACUAAUUUAGAAAAGGCAUCAGGCUUCACUGGAUUGAAUAUGGCAACGUUAAAAAAAAACUGGUAUUCAGACUAUAGGAUUGAAGACCAUGAGCAGCAACAUUUUUUUACAGUUUUCGCAACUUUUUUUCCAUGUCUAACUGGCAUUCACGCUGGAGUUAAAUAUUCAUCGGGAGAUCUUGAAGUUCCUAGUACUUCAAUACCAAAAGGAACAUUACUAUCAAUACUUAUUACUACAACGUCGUAUAUAUUAUUAACAGUAAUACAUGGAUCGGUUCAAUUGAGAGAAGCUAGUGGCAAUGAAACCGAAUUACAUGAUGGUUCUUUUACAAAUUGUUCCUUUAGAUAUUGCGAUAAAGGAUUGCGCAACGAGGGCUAUACAACAAUUUCCUUAUGGCCGAUUUCUAUAUAUUUUGCUUAUAUUGCAGCUACUAUUAGUAAUAUUAUAUCCACAUUAAUAUUUGUACCAAAGUUAUUACAAAUAAUGGGACAAGAUGAUGUAUUUCCACUUUUAAAAUAUUUAGCGAAAGGCUAUGGGAAAAAUAAUCGACCCUUUCGUUCCAUGAUUUUGUUAUUAAUAUGUAUAAUUAUUAUAGGUAGUUUUGUUAAGCAUUCUUCACACAUAUGGUUCAUGGCCUCAUUUUCGACAACUUGUUUUUUAUUCGCAUACGUCAUGUUAAAUUUGUGUACAUUUCAUAAUGCACAUUUUAAGCCAUUGUAUUGGAGGCCUUCAUACAAGAUUUAUAACAAAUGGAUAAGUCUUGCUGCAGCUGUUAUCUGUAUUUCAUUAAUGAUAUUUAUUAAUACAAAACUGUCAUUAAUUAUUGCUUCUGCUGUAUGUGUUAUAUACAUAAUUGCUCUAAAGAAACGCGAUUCUUCUAUGAAAAUACAACAAAUUAAAACGAUUAUAAGAAGCUUGUACAAGGCCGAUACUAUAAAAUACCAUAUUAAAAACUAUUUACCUAAUUUAAUAGUGUUUUCUGGAAAUCCUAAGUCAAGGAAAAAGUUAGUAUCCUUAGCUCAUUUGAUCACAAAGAAUAACGGUGUUCAAAUGUGUGUCAGCGUUGAAAAGAUAUCAAUAACACCGAAACAAAAGAAAAUAUACAUUGACAAAGGGUAUCAAUGGUUGAGGAGUUCUAGAAUCAAUUCCCUAUAUGUUGUCCUUGAUAACUUAGAAUUGGAUUUAGCAACUCAUAUGAUAUAUAGCUGUGGACAUGGACAAUUAAGACCAAAUAUAACAAUGAUUGGAUACAAGUCCGAUUGGUUAAAUUGUCCGUAUCAAGACCUUCAAACUUAUUUAAAUAUUUUCAAUGUUGCAAAUAUGAAUGACAUGUCAACAAUCGUCGUUCGUGUGUCAUCAACCGAGAGUUAUGAUGUUCAGAAUUUGUUAAUUCGUAACUUUAAUCACUUAGAUCACAAUGACGAUAUUUCGUGCGAAACGCAAUCAAGUCAAAAUAUUGGAAAUCAACAAAAAACGACUCCAAAAGAUGAUGAGGGUAUCAAUAUAUUAUUCAUGUGUUGGAUGGAAACGAUUACUAGAGGAUUGCCACCAUGUAUUAUAAUCAAUGGAAGUACAGAGCAAGUUCUUGCCGUCAAUUCUUAA